UUUAACUUAAGAUCUCGUUAUCGCAGCGCUUCGAUAAAGCAAUCAAAAUCAAACACGGAAGUAAAUUGUCUCGUUUCAGAUAAAAUUUAGAAGGAUAUUGUGUUAUUUCUAUGAAUUAGUACAUUGAUAAAAAUCUGAAUAUUGAUUUGGAAAAGGUGGAUAGAAGUGGAUCAGAAUUUUACCAAAAUGUUUUCACAGUCUAGAAUCAGCGGGGAUUCACAGCCAUCCAUACUUGUUGCGGCAAUCGACUUCGGGACCACGUUCUCUGGGUGGGCUUUCUCCUUCAGGCACGAGUUCGAGUCGGACCCUAUCAAGGUAUCAGCCAAACAGUGGACCGGAGGUCAACUGGUUUCUUCGAAGGGUCCAACAUGUGUUUUGAUCAAACCGGAUGGAAAGACCCUUCAUUCAUUCGCCUACGACGCAGAAACGAAGUAUGCCGAACUUGCCGAAGAAAAUAAACACAAAGACUGGUACUUCUUUAGACGGUUCAAGAUGAUGCUGUUUGGCAAAAUUGGCAUACAGAGGAAUAUUAUGCUGGACGAUGCCACGGAAAAGAAACUUCCUGCUAAAACUGUCUUCUCCCUGUCUAUACAGUAUCUCAAAGAUGACCUUUUAUCUAUGUCUAAACAACGACUAUCCGACGGUGGUCUAAAAAUUGAGGAUAUACAUUGGGUUCUGACGGUGCCGGCGAUUUGGAAUGAUGCCGCUAAACAGUUUAUGAGGGAGGCAGCCGAAAAUGCAGGUAUUCCCGGAAACAACUUGACAAUAGCACUAGAACCGGAAGCAGCCUCUUUGUAUUGUCGUAAUCUUCCGGUUGAAAGACACGUGGGUGAUAAAACCAUGAAAUUCUCACUGGCCAAGUUCAAAGCUGGAACAAAAUAUCUAGUCUUAGAUGCUGGAGGUGGAACAGUGGACAUCACUGUACAUGAAGUUAUGGAAGAUGGAAAACUUAAGGAGCUUCAUAAAGCCAGUGGUGGAGCUUGGGGAGGAACUAAAGUUGAUGAAGCAUUCAGACAGUUCAUCAUUAAACUUGUUGGUGGACCGGUCGUGAAAAAGUUUCAAGACAAACAUAUGGAAGACUAUCUGGAAAUAUUUAGAGACUUUGAGAUCAAGAAGAGAGAUAUAGGUCCGACAAGAAAUGGCAAAAUAACAAUUCGAAUGCCAAUCUCUCUCAUGGAAUUGUUUGAACAAUAUACAGACGAAACACUUAAAGAAGCAAUACCCCAAACAAGCUUUGCUGAUCAGCUAUCUAUCACAGGCGACAAAAUGCGAUGUGAUGCUUCAGUAUUCAAGAUAUUUUUCCAAGAGCCAGUUGACAGUGUUAUAGAACAUGUAGGUAACCUCAUGAGAGAGCCAUCUGUAAAAGGUUGUGCGGCUAUUGUGAUGGUUGGAGGGUUUUCUGAAUCACCAAUGCUACAAGAAACUGUGAAAAAGAAGUUUCCAAGUGUAAAGGUUAUUGUCCCAGAUGAAGCGGGACUAGCUGUGUUGAAAGGCGCAGUGAUUUAUGGCCAUUGUCCAAAAGUGAUUGCUGAACGAAUAAGUAAGUUCACUUACGGAGUGGAAUGUACACAAAAGUACAAGGAAGGGCAUCAUCCUGAGGGCAGGAAAAUAAAGAAUGUAGAUAACGAAUAUGAUGUUGAAAACGUGUUUAAUGUUUAUGUGAAAGCUGGACAAAAGGUUAAGAUAGAUGAAGAAUUCAAGGAUACGUACAGUGUUGUGCGAGCAGAUCAGAAUGGAAUGUCAGUCGUGUUUCAUUACACCGUAAAACCUGACCCAAUGUUUAUUGACGAAUGCGGUUGUACUACACUAGGGACAAUGCAGGUUGAUGUACCGGGACAUGGGAAAGAUAGACAAGCGGAAGUCAGCCUAAAGUUUGGUAGAACAGAAAUCGAAGCAACAACGAGAGUGAUUCAUACAGGCAAAGUUACAACGACGAAACUUGAUUUUCUAGGCUGAUGACUAACUUUAACAUUAUACUUUAUAUUUUGCUUUUUAUAUAACUGUUCAAGUACCGAUCAAUAUUUAGCUUGACUAUUCGAAGAAAACUUAGAGUUACUGCACUCAUCAUUUUGUUAGCGUCGGCGUCCCUAUUGGUUCAGUUUUUGUAUGUAAGCUGGUAUCUUAGUAACCACUGGUGAAAACAUGGAUCGACACUUUACCCACUAGUUCAGUAAUAAUCUGAUUUGUAAUACAAAGUUUUUGUUGUUGUGUGUUUUCGCAAAGGUAUGCCUGUUUCUCGACUUACGUAUUUUCUGUUAUGUUUGGUAGGUAAGCUGGUAUCUCAGUAACUACUUGUGGAAAUUGAUUAAAACAGCAUACACAUGUUCCAUAACUCUGUUGAGCUUUUUCACAAAGUUAUUACCGUUUUCGACGUAAUAAUGUUUGGUUAAUUUUAAAGUAUGUUGGUAUUUUAGUAACCACUGUAGAGAAUGAAUUAAAACAUUACACAUUUAUUUGUCGUGUAGACGCGUGUUUCAUAACUAUUUUCGCAUUUUUUUCACAGAGUUAUCUCCUUUUUUGAUUUACUAGCUUUUAACAACACGUUUUUGUGUAUAAGCUGGCAUCCAAGGUUCCAUAAAAUGUUUUGCGUUAUGUCUCCAUUUUCGACUCUGCAUUUUGAGGUCAAGCAUUACUUACAUUUGAACAACAUCGUUGAUCCUUAUUGUAUGUAAACUGUAUUUAGCUUCACAAGAGAGGCAAGUUCCAUUACCCUCACUUCUUACUUACAUUUAAAAAACAUCGGUGACCCUUUUUGUACUUGUUUAUGUCAUUGCAACCAUUCAUUCAAUAUUAUUGCGACAAGGUGUUUAGAUGGUCGAGUUAAUGUAGAAUCAUGUUUGGUUACCAUUUAUGUUCUGGUUUGGUUUUAUUUUUCGCAUUUGAUUAGCUCAUCUGUUUUUUGGAAAAAAGGAUAGGUUAUUGUCAUCACUCGAUCGGCGUCGGCGUCGGCGUUGCCUGGUUUAGUUUUAGGUCAGCUUUUCUCCUAAACUAUCAAAGCUAUUGCUUUAAAACUUGCAACACUUGUUCACCAUCAAUUGCUGACUCUGUAGAGCAAGAAACAUAACUCCAUCCUGCUUUUUGCAAGAAUUAUGGCCUCUUUUGGACUUAGAAAAUAUCAGAUUUCUUGGUUAAGUUUUAUGUUUAGGUUAACUAUUCUCCUAAACUAUCAAAGAUAUUGCUUUGAAACUUGCAACACUUGUUCACCAUCAAUAGCUGACUCUGUACAACAAGAAACAUAACUCCAUCUUGCUUUUUGAAAAAAAGAUGAGUUAUUGUCAUCACUUGGUCGGCGUCGGCGUCGGCGUCUGCGUCGGCGUUGCCUGGUUAAGUUUUAUGUUUAGGUCAGCUUUUCUCCUAAACUAUCCAAGCUAUUGUUUUAAAACUUGAAACACUUGUUCACUAGCUGACUCUAUACAGCAAGAAACAUAACUCCAUCCUCCUUUUUGCAAGAAUUAUUGGUGUUGCUGGAAUAAAAUAAAAUCGCUACAUAAUUUUGGUAAAAUUUCAUAAGUGAAAUAAGUUCAAAUAACAUUUUGACGCGAAGUCGUUUCAAUUAUAGACUGACGUUAAAACUUCAACAUUCAGCAGAAAAAAGCUAACAUGUGAUAAAACAUGAAUAGGAAACUUGUGUCUAUCCACACUGAAUUUAUCAAACUCUUUGAAUAACAAAAGAUAAAGUACUCGACAGAACCUCGCAAUUCCUCCUUAAAUAAAUCCAAUAUGUAAUACUAUCUGUAACUUUUUGUGUUAAGUCACGUCGUAUUUGUGAAAAAGAAAAUAAUUUUCGUUGUGUUUUACCUGUAAAUCGUUUUUUUUUGUUGUUUUUUUAAACAAAUGCGACUUUAAAGUCUGUAAAUUUUGUAAUCCUGAAUAAAGAGCAUUUAAAUUGUA